AUGAAUUAAAUGGAUGGAUUGAUUGAAGAGAACACUCAAUUAAAGAAGGCCAUUAUAUCCUCAAAAGCUGUCAUAUCGAGGAAGAUAAGUAAUAAAAUCAUAGAAUCAUUUAGAUGAAUUCGAAACAUUAUAAGCUAUUAAUGAUGAAUUGAAGUAACAAGUUGAUAAAUUGAAAUUGGAUAAUAAUGAAUUGAACCAAAAAUUUAGAAUUGCGCUUCAUGAAAAAAAGCAGACUGAAUAAUAAUUUGAUAAUGCGAGCAAGAAUUGGAAAUUGUUGAUUGAACAAAAACAAAGAGAAUUGGAAGAUAUUUAAAAUAAAUUGAGUCCAUCCUUUGAUUAGGAUAUGAUUAGAAUUAAAUUGCUAAAUGAAUUAGAAAUACCACAUAGAUAAUAACUUGAAGUUAAAUAGAUUGAAAUUGAAAAGCUAAAUGAAGUUAUUUAUCAACUGAAAAGAAGUUUGGAUCUUGAAAUUGCUAAAGUUGAAACAACCAAAUUAGAAAGUGCCAAAGAAAUUAAACUACUUCAGGAUCGAUUCAAAUUGGACAUGUCAGAUUAACAACAUUAGAUUGAAGAACUUACAAAAAUGAUAGAAGACAGUAAAGAUAGAGAUGUAAUUAGGAGACUAAGAAAAGAUUUAGAUGAAUAUAAAUUAAAAUUUAAUAAUGCAGACACUGAAAAUUAAGAAUUAAGAAAUGAGAGAGACAAAAUAAGAGAAGAGAAAAAUUAAAUCAUGAUUAAAUUCGCCAGAUAAAUAGAUUAAGAAAGAAAUGAUAAACGUUAAUAUAAAAGUGAUUUUGAUAAAAUACAAGUGAGAACCAGAUUUAUUGAAGAUGAAUUAAGAAAGGAGAAGCAAAGAAGGGAGUAAGUGUCUACUGAUUUUGAAAUAAUGAAAACAGAAAAAGAUUAAUUAUUAACAGAAAUAAGAAAGAAGGAUGACACCAUUCAUUAUCUACAGAGAAAAAUUGGAGAUAUGGAAGAAGAAUAAUUGGAAUAAGAAUAAAAGGUUUAAGAUAAGUUAACUCGUCUUUAUUAAGAUGAGCAUGACAAGUAUUUAUAAGAGAGAAAUAAAGCGGUCACAUUAUAGAAAGAUCUUGAUAAUUUAAAAAAGCGGUUUAGUGAUUUACAAGAUGAUUACAAAAUACUAAAGGAUAGAUACUUAAAGGAAAAUACUGAUAAUAAGGAUAACAACAAAAUUUAAAAUGAAGAAUUGGAGAAAUUAAAGAAGAUUGUGUCCUAGUAACUCAAAGACAUAGGUGAUUUAGAAAGAUCAAAUAAAAAUAGAGAAGAAUAAAUACAUGACAUUGAAAACGAAAAUGAAACCUUGAAGAGAAGAAACAGAGAACUACAACAUAGAAUCUAAUUAAUUGAAGUUAAUCCUUUACCUUCUCCUCAAUAAACAUAGAUGAUAUAUAAUUAAUCAUUAUACCCAAGUUUUGCUUAAGUCCCUCAAUAUGCUUAAUAGAUUUAAGAAUAAUAUGAGACUAAACCUAAACAAAACACAGUUGCACAAUAAGAAAAUGAACCUUAAAAUUAAAAUUACACUUAGGCAUAAAAGUAGAGUAUUUAAUAGAUUACAGAAGAAAAUAGAUCGUUGAUUCAGAAAAAUAAAAAGCUUAAUAAGAAAUUAAAGGAAGCUAAUGAUAAAAUUUUAGAGCUUUCGAUGAAAAAUACUCUUUUAGAAAAGUAAUUAUAAAGAUAGUACUCUGUCCCUUCUGUAGCAUAUUAAGGAUAAUAAGGAAAUUAUACUCAUUCACAAUCUCCUCUCAGAUAUCCCUAUGAAGACUAUGAAUAGAAAGAUACUAGACAAUAUUAGCAAACUCAUACUGAUACGAGGUUGGAUCGAUUUGAUAAAUAAGAUAGGUAUACUUAACCCAAUUAAGAGAGAUAUUAAUAGAGAAAAAUAUCUGGAACAAAUUAAUAAUCUAAAUAGGGUUAUUAAAAUGAGAUUCAUGAGGAUGACUUACUUAAUAAAGUAAUGAUGCUUACUAAUAAUAAUACUAAUUAGCCUAAAUAUUGGUGAGUUUACUAUUUAUUUAAUAAAAACUUAAGUUAAAUUUAUAUAAUUUAUAAUUCAAAUAAUGCUUCUUUUCAUAUUACUAUCAUAGACAUUAGCUUGUUAAGGUACUCACAUGCAUCUUAUCUAGAUCAGAAUUGUAUUGAAUGUAAUUAACCUACAAUUUGCACUGCUUGUGUAUCAAUUUUGACCAAACUCUUAGGUUUAGCCCUUAUUAUUAAGCAAUAAUCAAUGUGUCACCAAUUGUCCAACAAAUUAUUACCCGGACAUAAUAAAUAAUGUGAAAUAGUGUUUAAAAUGCAAUGAUAAAUGUUUGGAAUGUUAAAAUGGAUCUCCAACAGGUUGUACUAAAUGUGUGAAGCCUUUGAGAUUAAUGUGUGGCAAUUGUUUGGACAGUGAGAUAGACUCAGAAUGUUCUGAUUGUAGUUCCCAAUGCGUAAAAUGAUAUCCUAAUUCUAAGAUAACAUGUUUUGGUAAAAGUCCAUCUGAAUGCUAUCUCUGCAAUCUUCCUAAUUUUCAUUCUCCAAACAAUGACAGUUGCGAAUUAACAUGUGAAUUCCCAAUGUAUGGAGAUGUGUAUGACUUCUAAUGCAAAGAAUUCUGCCCCUUUGGCACCUAUGGUUAGCCAAUUUCGAGACAAUGUUUGCCCAAUUGUCCAGACCCGUAUUUUAAAAAUGAAUUGAAUACCAAUUGUGUGAAAGAAGUAUUUUUUAAUUCAAUUUUCUAAGUGCCCCAAAGGUACUUAUCCCUUAGAUAGAUCUUGCUAGAUUUGCAAUUCCACUUGUGAAACAUGUUCUGGGGGAGAGUCAACUGAGUGUCUAUUAUGCAAGGAAGGCUUUUAUAUGUAUGAUCAACUGUGUGGGGAAUGUAAAAGUUAAUAAUACUCAAACAAUGAAACAAGAACAUGUGUUAAUUAUUUAACAUAUUCUCUUAAUAUUUUGGAAGCUCAUGAGUCAACUAUAGUUUUUGAAAUCUCAUUUUCUAGCAGCAUCAAUCCAAAAACACUUGAUAUAAACUCACAGAUAAUUGUUGUGGAUGUAGAUCAGGCAUAAUAUAAAAUGUAAGUUAUGAUUUACAUAGAUAAGGACAUUAAGUUCUGUUUAAGAUGAUUAAUUCUUUAUAAUUACCUUGGAAUUUUAUAUAUCUCACAGAAUUACUCAAAUCUCUUGUAAUUUUACAAAUAAUAUUAUGAAUGAAGAUAAAACCCCCAUUCAAUAGUCAUCAGCCAUUUAGGAUUUGGAUAUACCUGCAUAGUUUAUUCCACCUGAAAAGGAAGCCAAUAAUAAAUAGAUCAAUACGUAUUUGAUAAUCAGUUAUUUGUCUUAUUUUUGCUUUUUGUUUCUCCUAUGUCUAAUCUUAAGAACUCAAAGAAGAAUGUUCUACUUGAUUAUCAACAACCUACAAUUCGUUCAGGUAAUGAUUUUUAUCAAUUUUACUUAUUCAACCCUUGCUUUAAACUCCCUCAAACUUCUGGAUAUUGUAAAUCUAAGGAGAAUACCAGCAAUUGGGGUUUCAGAGGAUGGAAUAAUAUUGUACUUCUUCAAUACACCUAUUUACAAUUAAAUUCCAAACAACAAUUUGCUUUAUAAUGCAGGUUAUUAUUACAAUUUCAUAGCAAAUGGAGGAAUAUAAAUACUGGGAAUAUUGCUCAUAUUUUGGCUUGUUUGGAUAAUCAGUUACAUUUUGCACAAUUUAUACUAGAUCAAUAAUAAAUUAGAAACAUUGAAGAUCUACAGAGCUAUGCAUGAAGGCAGUAAUGAUUUGCUGGUUCGUGUGCAUGAGUUUCUCUAUUUUCCUUUGAUUCUCAUUUCCAUUUUGUAAUUGUGGGGAUAUGAUUUUAGUUCUGAUAUCAACAUAGCCUCAUUUGUAUUGUCCAUAGUCACUAUUUUGUAUUAUCUUUUAUAUUUCAGAAGCGUAUACAAAUCAUAGUUUCUUGAUCUAGAUCAAUAGGAAAUGGAAAAUAAAUACUUCACAUUCUUUUCAGAUUUCAAAUAAACAAAUUACAUCAAAAAGAACUAUGAAUUCAUUAAUUACUUUAUGAAAACCAGUAUUGCAUGUUCUCUAAUUUUGCUCAACAAUUUCCCUUAUAUCCAGUUUUCUAUUUCAAUAACUUUGAUUGUCCUUUACUUCUUACUUCUAAUUCAAAGAAGACCUUACUAAAGGGAUAUAAUGAACUAUUCAGCCAUUUUUGGAAAUCUUAUCAUGGUUGGUUUAUAUUCAACAGCAAUUGUAUAAGAAGUGGAAUAUCAUGCUUAGAACAAGGAUAUUGUUAUAAAAACUUCAGAUGAAUAAUAAUAAUACAAUUUUGGAUUAGCCUUCAUGAUUUUAGUUUAAAUUAUUCUUGGGUUCUAUGCAAUCACCUUUAGUUUCAAUAAAUUCUUGGACUAUUUGAAGUACUUGGAAAAACAACCACAAUCAGGAAAGAGUUUCUUAUAAAAGAUGGGAAAAGUCUUCUUUUCAGAUAAAAUGCAAGAAGUUGAAUUGGGUAACAUGUCUUUUACAAAUUGA